AUUCAGACAACCACUAAAAUUCAUUUGUCACAAGAAACCUUAAAUGGUUAGUUUAGUAAGCUAGAAUUGUUUGUCAGAUGAAAUGGCCGCGACCAGUGGUGGAACAGAAUGGUCGAUAAUUAUAAAACCACUUUCCUGUACAAAUUAUAAAUCUUCUACCAAGACGGAAAUGCUCGAGUUGUGUUCAGCUAUAACUAAAAACGAAAGCGAAAUAUUACGUUUUAAAGAGGGUUCUAAAGUGUUUUACAACUCAUUUGCAGUAUUAUCUGCCACCUACAUAAGCAGCAAUGUUGAAAUUUUGUCAGUUAAUCAUUUGGACGUAGUAACUGCCGCAUGUCGAGUGCUGUUGAAAUAUCUGGUUGGUGUCUUACAAACAAUAAGUCGAGAAGGCCAACCGAGUACAGGACUUACGGAUCAAUGUUUGAAGGCUAUACAUGUGUUAUGUGUUAGUAAUGAGAGUCUUUUAACUCAAUCAGAAUUGGUGGUACUUGUGAGCACCAUGAAAGGUGAUACUGUACCUAUCCACCCUGCCUCCACAGGAGGGGACAAGGAUAUGGCUUCGAAACAAGAAAGUACGAAAAUGAAGGCCGAUCUAUCAGUGAGUAUCUUCGAACAGUUGACCUUACCCCUUCGAGACGGUUUAGCCACAUCAGAAGCGAGUUCAAGUGCUCAAGUUAAUUUAACAGAAAUUGUAAAUACUAAUGAUCCUAGUUCAGAAAUUAAUAAAUUGUUUUUAGCAGCUAAUACGGAAAGUUUACAAGCUCUUCGGGCCGGAGAUACCUUAGCAGACUUAUGUUUAAGUUUGUCUUCGAUUAAAAGAGCUCGCACUAAAGUUGAAGAUGCUUUGGCCGGCAAACCCUUUUGUCUUCCUACAACCCAUGCAGAAGCCACUGCAUUGCGAAACAGUUUGUCAUCUACUGUAGCGGAUGUCAAUUUAGCGUCAUCAGCAAUAAAUCUACCAGUUCUUGAACCUCUCACGCCUAGCAAAUUAGACAAGCUCUGUAACUUAAGUAUGGCAACCUUGUAUUGUGCGGUCUCACAAGCUGCUGCCAGUUCAAUUCUCUCAUUGGGUUCAGCAGUUUCCCCAAAAUGCACUUCCGCUCAAGCACAAGCAGCUAAAGAUGAAGAUUUGGAUUCAAACGCUAUAAUGUUAGUUGAAGAAGCUUUGAAUAUGCACACUUUUAUUGGAAAUAUCAUUAAAAAUUCUACACGGGCCGGAGGACAUGUAUUUCAAAAUCACUUGCUGUCAGGAGCGUGGGUUUUAAUCUCAGGGUUGCAAACGCAUCUCUCGCACAGUAUGGCACCAAUAGGUGAAAAGGGAACUCACGUCAGAGAACGAGAAGAUAAAGGACGAAGUCCGAGUAAAUCCCGCGAGUCAAGCUCUGCUAGAUCAAGUCUUAUCAAAUUUCAACAAUCUUUUGGCGUCUUAUCUGUAGCAUUAGCAAACAGGGCUCUUUCAUUGAUGUCAGAGUUGUUUGACGAUUUGCAUUUAGAAGUGUGUGGUGGAGGUGGGAGCACAUUACAAGUCGAACCUGCACCCUUGGCAAUAAUGGGACAGUUUUCUGCUUUACAGCGGGUUGCUCGAUUGCUAGGAGCUGCCCCUAUAAACCAACUAUUAUUUUACUUAGCUACUAUAAGUUAUCGUAAAGCAUGCACCUUGAAAAGAAUUCAUCCCCCUGAAGGCGAUACGUUCAGUCAAAGUGAUUCUACAACCUAUUAUGAAGACAUGAUUAUGUGCUCUGACGAAAGCUCUACGGAAGAUGAUGACAGUGAGCCAAUAUUGGGGCAAUGGUUUGAAGAUACCUUGGCACCUCCGGACGUUGUAGACACCAAAGCAACUACUAGUAGCGAAAAUGUAGAAACAAAACAAUCCCAAGGGGAAAGAGCAAAUUCAAUUGUUCCAGAAAAGGGGGAAGCACACGGUUAUAUCUCAUUGGCCACGCAGAUAUUUCUAUUCUUAAACCGACAUUUUUUGUGUUCACGAAGUGCUUAUGUAAUACGCUAUGUGAAAGCAGGCUUAACAGAACAACAGAUGGUUAUAUUAGCCGCUAUUAUUAGAGAUCUUGACAGGGAAACUGCCAGAACGGAUGUUGGUACCAUAUCGCUUUAUUUUGGUACAGCUUUGGGUCAACUGUAUUGUGAAUUUUCCGGUGCACUUACUAGGUUUACUCAUAAUUUAGUAACCCAUGUAGGGUUAAAUAAUUUACAAACAAGUCUGUUGGCACAUCUGGGCGUGUCUCCUUGGAACACGGAUGUUCCACAUGCUUGGCCUAUGCAAGUUUAUCCACGUACUUUAGCCGUUUUAGCUCAGGUUUUAUUACUUCGUCCACAAAAUGAAAAAGAAGCAUCUGUGAUAAGUAUUUGGCAUAGACUAGUCAAUACUCUUAUAGAAAGUGUUAUGAACCCUAGUAUUGUUGUUGAUUCAGAGAAUGAAGAUUUAAAUGUGGAACAUGCUCAGGUUUUACUGUAUUUGUUUCAUUCGUUGAACUUAAUGCAAAAAAAAUCUGUUGUACUUCUGAUGGCUGGUGGAGUGUUACGAUGUUCAGAAGUAGCUAGAGGACCGUUGAAGGACGCGCAACUUCUCCAUUUGUCACGUUUGCUUCUCCUGUUUGAUUAUAUUAUGAAACAUCUGUACGAUGCACCGCCCUUACUUUUGGAACAGAUACAGUGGAAUUUAUUUUAUUCGACAAACCUAAAUACGGACAAAGAUAAGGAUAAUAAUAUGUCACGCAUGUAUACGCCGUGGAAAGAAAUUGAGGAUAAUUAUAGGAAACUUUCGGGAAAUGACGAAUUCACUAUGAAACCACGUUUUUAUGUAGUCACUAACUUGGAGAUUAAUAAUCAAGAAGCUCCGAAACUUGAUGGAUUGGCGUGCAAUUUUAUUCUGGGCACGCCUGAUAAACUACGUUAUCCACUAUUGUUAGAUGCUUUAAUUGAGAUAUUAAACGUUACGCAUAUCGCAUCUGGUACAGGUGCGUCAAAAAUGACAUUCCUAGGAUUAUGUGCUACACAAUACUGCUUUACAAUUUGUUGGAGAUUGUUACAACUUUUACCUCCAUCUUCUCCUUACAUGGAACGUCUUACUACUGGUGAAAGUCUCUCAACAGGUCCUUUACUUUUACAUUCUUUAAUUUGGGGCGCACGUGCCGGACAUAAAAAUUUUAAUCGCUGGUUAAAAGAUGCGUUAAUUAAACAAGGGAUGUAUACUCAACAUACAGAGAAAUUAUUAAAAACCGUGUCAGAUUCUGUAAAUACUCUUAAAUAUGAUGUAACGACUGCCAAAAAUUGUAUUAUUGCUCUAACUCCGGAUAUCAAAAAAGGCUUGGUUACCAAAGAAAGUUUGCCACCUUUGUGGCACUUAUUCUUGUUAGAUUCCGUUCUAGCAAAAGUACAAGUUUCGCUAAUAGAUGAAGCGGAAACUAAUACAGCAGAUGCAUCAGGCGUAACAAUUUCUGGUGCUGCCUACGUCCAGGAUCUUUUACCUCAUGUCUUACGGCUCACCCAAGCAAUUUUACAUUGCACUAGAUGGUCACUCUUACAUGGUAUAAUACACCAAAGUGACGAUUGUUUAAGAAAAUAUUCCUUACAAGACUUCGAGGGUCUUCAGGAAGUGUUAGCAAUUGCUUCUAACCGAAACACAUUAACAGAUACGCUGGCAACCGAAUUGAAUUCGUAUUUACCUUCUACUGCCUCAACCAUUUUACAGCAAUGGAAUGUUUCUACAUUUGAGGAUUGCAAUUGGACGCCAUACCUGAAUGAUGUAAUCCCUGCAGAAAGUUACAUUCUAAAAAUCGUGGACACACACAUUUCAACACUAUCGAUGUCUCUUCACUUCAGCAUCAAUCUAUCGCUUAAAAGAUUACUGCAAUGCUUGGUUAAAUUUAUUUGUCAACAUGCCCCGAAAACUGACAAUACAGACACAAAGAAUAAAGCAAUUGAACUGCUUGUUCUCAUUACUCUAGAUUUAAGAACUGAAUUUUUAUUUGAAAAUGUUUCAAAGACAUUAGACAAGAUGAUUGGGGAUCCUGAAACAGAUGAACACCAGAAAAGAGUUUAUCUUCACUUCUUAGAACACACUUACAAAUUGAUUGUCAGUUACACAUCUUCUAAUACAUGCAAUGCGGGGGUAGACGAAAAAAUGUUGCACGGAUGCUUGAAGUUCUAUGAAAAAAUUUUAGAAAAAUCUUCCGGUAGACAAGCUUUAGAAAGUUUUUUCACCGGCGAUAAGCACUUGGUGAAAGUCCUAAUGUCUGUGUCCAGUCCCCAAAUGUCUCAGCAAUACAGUACUCGAGUGCUUCACUUUUUUAACAAACUAUUUCAAACUGCCGAAAAAAGCUCGACGGAUCCUAGUUUAAAUUACUUAUGCAGCAGUAUGAGCAAAUUGGCUAACGUGGAGACAGACAAACUUCAGGUGUGGUUACGACAUGUUAUUUUGGGCCCAACAAAUAUGACGAGCAGUUCGUCAUCGUCAAAUAUCCAAACACCAACUCUUUCAGUACCCUCUAAACCUGAAACAUCUAAGGGUAAUGGUAAGACAGGGGAAAGUAAUGACAUUCAAUGGAAUUCCAAUCGUGUCGCCAGUUCCGAAUCAAAUCCCUCUCCGAGUCCAAGUGAUGAUCAAAAGUCGUUAGUACAAGAAAAUAGCCAGUUGCUGCAGGCACUUACAUCAUUUAUUGUAAAGCAAAGCAGUAAUGUAUCGGAAGACGUUGCGGUUACCAUUUUAAAGGCACUAUUACCAGUCGCUUCGCAUAUCUUAUCACCAGCUUUGGAAGGAGCCGGAUUUACCGAUUUGAUGGUCGUCAUAACAAUGUUGGCUGAUGCUGGUCUAGGCAAGGGUCACAUUAGUUUAUUUCCUGCAGCUGCCGAGUGGUUGGAGAUUUGCAAAGUUUAUUUAACAAAAAAAGAAGUUGUCGAUAAAUUAACUGGCAAUGUCGAAUUAUCGAAGAAUUCUGUGAUGCUGGAGGCGGUGUGCUGUCUUUUGGAUUACGUCGGAGAUGUUGUGAAUUGUUUAACAAAUCAAUAUCAAAGUAGUUUUCGAGCAUUCAGCCCACCUUGGGAAGGUGAAACUCCUUUGGAGAUGGAUUCGGAGUGGUUGGAUGAAUUGCAUGAUGAUGAUGAUAGCGGGGACGAUUCUGAUGAAGAUGCUUUGUGUAAUAAAUUAUGCACUUUUACGGUUACACAGCAAGAGUUUAUGAAUCAGCAUUGGUAUCAUUGCCAUACAUGCCAUAUGUUAGACGGUGUCGGAGUGUGCUCUGUGUGUGCACGGGUAUGUCACAGAGGUCAUGAGUUAACUUAUGCCAAAUACGGAAAUUUCUUUUGUGAUUGUGGAGCGAAAGAAGAUGGAACUUGUCAAGCCUUGGUGAAGCGCAGUCCUCAAUCCAUUGUAGAACGAGAACCAGGUAAUACCACAAAUUCCGGAGGCACAUUCGGUUAUUCCUCCGAAAGCAUGCUUACAAGUUCUUUAAGAAGAAGAGCUUCGUCUCCCAUUCUUUUUGAGAGUAGUCAGUUUCAUAAAGAUAGAAAGGUUGGAACUGUUGUUAAACAAUUGGAAGGGUCUCGAGAGUGGCUACUAAACUACUUAGGUGGAUCCUCUAUACCUGGUACGCUAAUAGAAUUGGUAGAAGCUUUGGUACCUGCCACCGAAGCCGCUUGCAAUCGUACAUCUCCGGUUGGGUGUCACAGCCGUGCACUGAAAGCCUUACAACAACUUCACUUCACGGACAAGAAAUAUAUACACACAGAUCAAUUAAUGGUACCCACCUUGGGUUCCCAAGAGGGAGCGUUUGAGAAUGUUCGUAUGAGCUACGCCGGCGAACAAGGACAAACCAUUCGACAAUUACUAUCUGCACAUAUACUACGAAGGGUCGCAAUGUGUUGCAUGUCUUCCACACACGGUAAAAGACAGCAUCUUGCAGUAUCUCAUGAGAAGGGAAAGAUUACGGUUUUACAACUAUCCGCUUUACUUAAGCAGGCGGAUUCAUCCACUCGAAAACUCACACUCACCAGGUUAGCGUCCGCCCCGAUUCCUUUCACAGUGCUCACUUUGGCAAGUAAUCCUUGCAAUGAGGACGUAUUGGCAGUCUGCGGACUGAAAGAUUGCCACAUUUUAACAUUCCUACCAACCGGAUCUGUUGCGGAUCACCUUGUGUUACAUCCCCAAUUAGAGACUGGGAAUUUUAUCAUUAAAUCUUUAUGGUUACCUGGAUCACAGACAAAGUUGGCUUUAGUCACAGCAGAUUUUGUCAAGAUAUAUGAUUUGGUGAAAGACGCUUUGAGCCCCCAAUACUAUUUUCUGGUACCAAGUGGAAAAAUCAGGGACUGUACCUUUAUGUAUGAAGAUGGAAUUUACAACAUUUUAUUAAUGUCGUCACCCGGCCAUAUUUACACGGAAAUUUUGAAUGAAGAAAGUUCUGCAAAACAUGGGUCAUUCUAUGUUACCAAUACUUUAGAAGUAUUCGAUUUAGAUGUUACGGAUGUUAGCGGUCAAGUAGCCGGUGGUGGUGUUAGCAUAUACUACUCACAUACUUUGGGUUUAUUGUUUUACAGUUACACACAAGGAAAGAGUUUCAUUUCCCCAAUAACACCACGAAGCAAUUGUCUCACAGUUGUGUUUCCAAUUACUGUUCCUGCAACGGCUAAUUCUAGUUCGAAAAGCAAUGGUGGAAAAAAUCCUACACCGCAACCGCUCUGCCAGUGGACUGAAAUACCCAACCAUCCUGGCCUUAUUUGCUGUGCAAUGCAAAGCAGUAAUAAUCCUGUAGUCCUUAUGCUAAAACCAGAUGAAAUAGCAAUUCAAGAAAUAAAAAUAAUUCCUUCAAAAUCAAAAAUCACUGACAUGGUCGCGAUUCGUCAUCAUUCGGGCUCAGAACAACGUACAACACUUAUACUUUUAUGCGAAGAUGGUAGUUUGAAAAUUUACAUGGCUAAUAUGGACCAAACUGGUUUUUGGAUGUCUCCUAUUAUUCAACCUGCUAUUAUGCACCCGCCAGUGAAAGCGCGUAAAAAGAAAGUUGUCAAAAUUGGGAAAACUUCUAGUUCUCUAUCAUUCCCAAUUGAUUUCUUUGAACACUGCCAACCAAUGAAUGAUAUCGAAAUUGGUGGAGCUGAUCUCUUACAGGUGUAUAAUAUGUCCCAACUAAAGCAUAGGCUGAACACAGCAGGACUUUCUAUAACAUGUACGAAACCAUUAGGAUUUAACGUUGACAUAACAAACUCUGAUAAUAAUGUAGUCAUGACCGGACUACGUGUUUUAGUAGGUACUCAGGAUCCUCAUCGAGCACCAUCUUUCAUAGAGGUAUUUGGAAGGAUAAUCACAAUUACAAUUACCCGCAGUCGUUGGUACGAUAUUCCAUUUACACGAGAGGAAAGUUUACAAGCCGAUAAAAAGGUAACUGUACUAUUUGGACCUUCACAGGAUCCGGAAACAGUGACUACUCUGGAUAGUUUGAAAGUGUACGGUAAAACAAAGGAAGCAUUCGGCUGGCCAGAAGAAACUGAAGAAACCACAAACACUACCUCUGCAACUGCUGCAAUGACUUCACUCACAAACAUUGAUUCCGAACAAACUGUUAAUCCCAUUCCAUUGUCAACACUUGAAAGGUUGGUUGUUGGAGUACUAGAGGUACUAGAUGGAACUUUUUCCCUUUAUACAAAUGAAGAUAAAUUAAGCCAGUACAAACCUGCAUCCAUAAGUGUCGCCACCAAGUUACUCACUCUCGCAUCACCACCGUCUUUGCAAAUGCACUCAAAAAGCCUUUUAUCUGCUCUGCAUUCAUCUAAGCAAAAUUAUCACAAUUAUAAGGAUCAGGCAUUACUGCAACAUGUGCUUGAAGAACUAAUAUCUAUGACAGAAAUGCAUCCGAAAAAUUAUGCAAAUAUUGAUGCCGAAAAUUAUUACCGACUUGUGAUGAUUGUGAGAGGGAUGGCCGUCACUCGUCCUCAAAACUUGGUCAAAUUCUCAGAUUCGCAAACCUCUAUACAGGAUGUAGUUUUGGAUGAUCCUCUUGAUGUAAAAAUAAAAACCAGCAAAAACCAACAUCUUUUGCUGCAAUUAAUGGAUGUUCUUUGGAUAUUGCACUCCCACAAUCCUGAGAAUACUACUUUAGCCCCAGUUGUUGUGCCCGGUCUUAAACACACAGAACAAAUAGUGCAUGCUUUAGUCGAGAUUGUCCAUGCUUUUAAUAGCUGUGAUGCAUAUAGCAAUGUAACAAUUGCUGUUUACCUACAAUUGCUUUUGUGCAAAGAUCUCGUGAUUGCGUUUAGUGCCAAGCAAGCUUUAAAUCGCGUUUUGAAACCAAAGUGUAGACGCCGCCGUGUGUUUAUUCCGAGCCCCCCGCAUUGCGGAACACCAGGAAAAACCAGUAUAGAAUCUGAAGAUGAUAAACCACCAAGAACGACUCCUCAAUCAAGUCAAGAAGACGAUGCUCAAUCUAGAGAUGUAACAUACGAUGUUGAUACAGUGGAAUCUAUUUCAGUACUCCAACAGCCAGUACUUCCAAUUGAUAAUCAUAAUAUUAAUCCUCUUGAAGCAUUGCUCGGAGGAGCUGCCGGUUAUCCCCCAUUACUUGAUAUUCCACCUGAUGCUGAUGAUGAAACUAUGGUUGAGCUGGCGAUUGCAUUAAGUUUACAAGACCAUGAGCUAGGUGGAGGUAUGCAACAAGUGCAACAAGGACUGCAUAGUUUACAAGUCACCGCUGGGCAAGCCCCAGAAGGAGGUCAUUACAGUGAUACCACUGUUUCAGCUGGUGGGUCAGACGACGAGGGCAGUACAGCUGCAACGGAUGGGUCAACUCUAAGAACUUCGCCUGCUGAACAGGGUGGUAGUGCCGGUUCUGAGAGUGGUGGAAGUGGUGUAGAUAGUAUUACAGGAGAACAUAAUGUGUCAGGACGUAGUUCUGCUUAUGGAGAUAAUAUACAAGAAGCAAUUACUUUAGUAUCACGUUCUGAUACUAGCUCAUUAGCCAAUGCCAACUUUCAGAUGACGGAAACAGGUCAACUUCCUCAAGAGGUAGAUCCGGAGCAGGAUUCUGAAAGUAACAGUCGUUUGCAUGUGUUACGUCUACAACUGUUGGAACGAUUGAUUGAAUAUCUGCCCAAGUUACGUAACGUUGAUGGCGUAAGGGCAAUUCCCUUUUUACAAGUAGUUCUUCAACUUACCACAGACCUAGAUGGACAAGUGGAGCGUGACAGAAAUUGUUUAAAUGGUUUGUUAACAGCAUUUAUAGUGGAACUAGAAGUUAAUAAACCAAUGAAGGAAGAUGUUUCGAAACGAACGACUCAAAGAGAAGUUCAACUCAUUAUUAUGAGACUUUUGAGUGUAUUAAUGUCAAGGUGUAAAACGUCAUCUUCAAAAAUCAGUCCUCUGGACAAUUCUCUAUUUGUAUCACAAACAACUGCUACGUUUUUGCACAAAGCAGACAUUAUAGCUUACUGUCUAAAACUGUUGCAGUCACUUUUGGAAUAUUGGAAAACAAACGAGAUUGAGGAAGGAUCUCAUAAUAUCGGAAGUAACUUGUUAAAGGAACACUUACCCCAUUCCCCACCGGAUAUGACGCCAUUUUUCUUGAAACAAUUUGUGAAAGGGCAUGCUACAGAUAUAUUUCAAACGUAUCCUCAGUUAUUAACAGAAAUGGCAUUGCGACUUCCGUAUCAAGUACACAAACAUUCAGAAUCGGUAUCUGUUGCAUUUGAUAAGGAAUGGUAUAGGCAUUUGUGUGAAUACAUGAUGACGUCACUCGCACCAUUUGUAAGAAGACAAGUUAGAAAACUGUUGUUAUUUAUAUGUGGAAAUAAGGAUGAGUACAGGCAGUUACGAGAUGUUCAUGCUUUAAGUACACACAUGAAGGCGGUCAUAGUUGCUUGUACUAAAGCGGGUUACACCUCAAAUGUAGAUUCACAGCUCGCAUUAUCUAUGUCGUACGAUAAUUUGGUAGAAUUAGUAGAACAUUUGAAAGCCUGUUUGGAAAUUGCGGUAGCUCGAACUGGUAACUGGCAGAGGUACUGCGAUGAUCACGAGGAAACUCUUCCAUUUCUCCUACAAGUCAGCUGUUUAUUAGAUGAAGGUGUUGCACCAACCAUUUUACAUUUAAUGCAGUGUGCUAUAGUAACCAAUAGUAAUAGCGAUAAAAAGUCGGACAAUGCAAGCAAGUCGAGCACAUCUCGUAAAGAUAGAGAAAAAUCUGACGAUUCUUUAACAGAUGCCUUAUUUGACAAACGGAAAUGUGUUAAAUUGGUGGAUCAAAUUAAUAAACAAGUACCUACAAGUGUGCUAACCUACUUUAUCAAGACGUUUUUGCUGGAAACUAACAUUACCAAUGUUAGAUGGCAGGCACAUGCUUUAACCUUAGCCAUAUACAAGAACUCAAAGUUACCAGAACAAGAAACUGUGUUAAAAUUGUUAUGGCAUCUCUGGCCUUUACUUCCUUCUUAUGGCCGAAAAGCUGCUCAGUUUGUAGAUCUUUUGGGAUACUUCUCACUAAACUAUACCAGAAAUUCCGAAUCAGGAAUUCAGCAUAUUGAAGAAUACGUGAACAAAGCUGUUGAUGUUUUGCAAGUACAAAACCAACUAUUGGCUUAUCAUCCGAAUGCCAAUUUGUAUGCUCAUAUGGGCCAAUUUGUGGAACUGGAUGGUUAUUAUUUGGAAUCGGAACCUUGUUUAGUUUGUAACAAUCCUGAAAUUCCAUUAUCAGCUAUUAAACUCAGUUCUAUAAAGGUGCUGUUGCAGGUGGAUUCGAAAUUCACCACUACCACACAAAUAGUGAAACUAUUAAGUAGUCACACUAUUAGCAAAAUAACGGUGAGAAUAGGAGAUUUAAAAAGAACAAAAAUGGUACGAACUAUUAAUAUUUAUUACAACAAUCGAAGUGUGCAGGCUGUUGUUGAAUUAAAAAAUAAACCAGCUCUGUGGCAUAAAGCCAAGAAGGUAACUCUUCUCAGUGGUCAAACUGAGUUAAAAAUCGACUUCCCCUUACCCAUUGUGGCAUGUAACUUGAUGAUGGAAUAUGCAGAUUUCUAUGAAAAUAUUCAAGCGAAUAGCGAAACUUUACAGUGUCCAAGGUGUAGUGCCGCUGUACCAGCAAAUCCUGGUGUAUGUGCCAAUUGUGGCGAAAAUGUUUAUCAAUGUCAUAAGUGCAGGGCUAUAAAUUAUGAUGAAAAAGAUCCUUUCCUAUGUCAUGCCUGCGGAUUUUGCAAAUAUGCAAAGUUUGAUUUUACUUUGUUGGCCAAAGCUUGUUGUGCAGUAGAAACCAUCGAAACUGAUGAGGAUCGUAAAAAAAUGGUUUCAAGCAUUAACAAUCUUCUGGAGAAAGCUGAUCGAGUUUAUAAACAGCUGAUGGCCAAUAAACCAACUUUAGAGUCUUUGGUACUCAAGAUUUUCGAACAUCGCACAGACCACAAACAAGAGGAACCAAAUGCCAACAAUAUUUCAAAUGCAUCAACAGCUGUCGCACCUAUAUCAGCAACAGGAACUCAAGUGAAGGUAAACAAAACAAUUCAAAUGUUGGCGCAACAGUAUUGCAAUGAAUGUAAGACGUCAUUUGAGGAAUUAAGUAAGAUUAUCCAAAAGGUAUUAGUGUCUCGAAAGGAGCUUGUUUCUUACGAUCGGAAACAUAGGGAUACAGAAAUUAGGAGUGGAUCCAUUUUUAAUGUACAGGCGCUGCCUAGUUGUAGUAAAGCAGCAAGUAGUACAAGCACAAUUACAAACACAAGCAAUAAAUGCUAUGGAUGUUCUACAUCCGCUACAGAACACUGCUUGACAUUGUUGCGAGCUUUAGCAAUAAAUUCUGGAACACGUCAGGUUCUGUGUUCAAAAGGAUUAAUUCAAGAACUGGUGCGAAAUAAUUUGAGAAAAGGCAAUUUACAGACACAAGAGGAAGUACGCCAGUUGCUGUGCCUUCUGACCAGGGACAACCUAUCGUCAACUGAACAAUUAUGUAAUAUUCUUAUGGAACGCAUUGCCUUAAACCUAAACGGACAUACGAACAGUUCAGAAAUUGGAACAGGAGUGCGAUAUGAAAUUCAGUUAUUAGCGGCUAUGGUUCAAAAGGAAGACGAUUGCUGGGAGCUCAAACUGCGGUGUUUACUGAAAUUGUUUCUGAAAGCCUGUCGGGAUUCUAAAAAUCCGUUAAUAAUGGAAUCUAUUAUUUUGCCUUGUCUUAAAAUCUUGCAAGGUCUGUUGAAAAGCUCGGACAGCAGUAAAAAGGUUAAGGAGAAAACCAACUUAAACAUCAGCACUUUCAAAACUACUGACAAUGUGUCGAUCGAUGUAUAUAAAUGGUUGAGCAAGGAUCCCGAACAUACCUUUGCAAAUUGGCGAGCGAGUUUACCGCAGAAAACCAUUGAUAGUAGUGAAAAUCCCCCAAAGAGCUCCUCGGAAGUACAUCAAUAUUAUUUAGCAGAAAAAUAUUUUCUCAUUUGGAGAACUAAGAUGCCUUCGUUUAGAGGAUGUGUUUUAGAAUUAGAUGAUUCAUCAUGGCUAAAAACUGUUCUGUUUAAUCCAAGCUCUCGUUUAGCUCGUCAAGUAGCUUGCAAUAUUAUAGAAAUUAUGUGCACAAGCAUCGAUAGGAAAAAAGAGAUUUUGGUUCUGUUGACGUGCUUUUUGGAGGAGUUGGCUUAUGCCGGGGAAAGUUCAGCGGAGUUCUUAUCGCUUUAUCAAAACUUAAUCCAGGAAAGUCCAUGGAAGCAAUACUUAACAUUGAAGGGCGUUCUAAACGUCUUGGCAGAGUUGGUAACGCAGGAAAUUCAGCAACUGCAUUAUUUGGAAGACACCACUUUAACUUCCAAUUUGGCUCAAGGUUUUGCUUUGAACCAGUUGACAGAGCUGCUUUCUUCUUUUCUCGAUAACGCUGCAAUCAGACGGCAGUACAAAAGUCGCUUAGUUGGUGCGGUUCUUAAUGGAUAUUUGUCCCUUCGAAGGCUAGUAGUGCAACGUACUCGCCUAAUCGACGACACUCAGGAGAAAUUGUUAGAAUUACUUGAAGACAUGACAACAGGUACUGAGGAAGAAACAAAAGCGUUUAUGGCAAUUUGCAUCGAUACCGUGGAGAAGUGCAGUUUACUCGAUGUUCUUACUCCCGUUUUCAUAUUCGAAAGGCUGUGUUCAAUCAUUUACCCAGAAGAAAACGAUGUUGGGGAGUUCUUUUUAACAUUGGAAAAAGAUCCGCAGCAAGAGGAUUUCUUACAAGGCCGUAUGCUCGGUAACCCGUACUCUAGUCUAGAAGCAGGGUUGGGACCGCUAAUGCGAGAUGUAAAAAAUAAAAUUUGCCAAGACUGCGAGUUAGUAGCUUUAUUGGAGGACGAUAACGGUAUGGAGUUGCUGGUGAAUAAUAAGAUUAUGAGCCUUGAUCUACCAGUGAAAGAUGUAUAUAAAAAGGUUUGGUUGGCGGAGGGAGGAGAAAUUGAUUCGAUGAGAGUAAUUUAUCGCAUGCGAGGUUUACUUGGGGAUGCUACAGAAGAAUUUGUAGAGACGCUUAAUAACAAAUCACAAAGCACCGUAGACAAUGAGGAAGUCUAUAAAAUGGCAAACGUGCUGGCCGAUUGCGGUGGACUUAAAAUAAUGGUGGUGCGCUUGGGCGCGAUACAAAACAUUUGGCGAGCGCGCCCUCUACUGCAAGUGUUGUUGAAACUAUUUAGGUUAAGCGUUAAGGUGCAUAGGGUGCAGGAAGUGUUAAUUCAACCAGAGAUACGGUCAAUGGAAGUGUUUUUAAGAACUUUGCAACUGUGUUUAGAUAGUGAACCAGAUGGUAACCAAGCCGCUGUUACUGAACAACUUUUAGAUAUUAUGGAAACUAUACUCUCAAAGGCGACUAGUCAAUCCAUCGAAUCAUUUGACAGAUUCUCUCAAACCUUUGGUGGGCCAGAGUAUGUGAAAUCAUUACUAACCUGCACAAAUCAAUCAAGUGUAAAAAAUAAUCAAUCAGUUUUGAUUCAUUUAACGAGAGUUUUGGCGGCAUUAGUAUAUGGAAAUAAAGAAAAAAUGGAAAUUCUUCUAGAUCAUUUUAAAUCAGUCUUAGAUUUUAAUAAGUACGAUUUCGAACAUACCGCUGAUGAUCAGCAAAAGUUAGAAAUGUUUUGUGUUUUAAUGGACGGAAUCGAAAGGAAUGAUAUUGGAAAUACCCUAAAAGAUUAUAUCGUGUCUUUGGGGAUUGUAAAGGAGGCACUUGAAUAUAUAACCAUGCAUGCUCCAUGCGUCAAGCCAACCUUGCUACGUACGGAUAGUGACGAACUAAAGGAAUUUAUUUCCAAACCUGCAUUAAAGUACAUUUUACGAUUUUUAACUGGAUUGACAGCCAACCACGAAAAUACACAGCUUACAAUAGCUGCAGCAGACACAAUUCCUAUAAUUCAUCGUUUAGAGCAAGUCUCAUCUGAUGAACAUGUUGGUUCGCUAGCGGAGAAUCUACUGGAAGCUCUUCGCACAAAUGCUACGGUAGCUUCUCAAAUAGAAGAUGCCCGAGAAUUUACUCGAUCUGAGAAAAAACGUCUUGCAAUGGCAAUGAGGGAAAAACAACUGGGACAGUUAGGGAUGAGAACUAAUGAUAAAGGCCAGGUUACCGCAAAAUCGUCAAUAUUACAACAAAUGGAAGAUCUUGGUGAAGAAACUGGUUUAGUCUGCUGCAUUUGUCGUGAGGGAUACAAGUAUCAACCAUCAAAAGUUUUGGGAAUAUACACAUUCACGAAGCGUUGCAAUGUCGAUGAUUACGAUUGUAAAUCACGAAAAACGAUAGGUUACAACACAGUUACUCAUUUUAAUGUUGUCCAUGUUGACUGUCAUAUGAGUGCCGUCAGACUAGCUCGAGCCAGGGAUGAGUGGGAGUCCGCUGCAUUGCAAAAUGCUAAUACAAAGUGUAAUGGGUUGUUGCCAUUGUGGGGACCUCAAGUGCCCGAAUCUGCAUUUGCAAGUUGUCUUGCUCGUCACAACACAUAUUUGCAAGAAAGCACCAAUUAUAGGGAUAUCAGUCACAUGUCUACAAUACACGAUUUUAAAUUGCUUCUCCUAAGAUUUGCUCAAGAGAAACCUUUCCAUGAAGAUACAGGAGGAGGAGGUCCCCAAAGUAACAUGCAUUUAAUCCCUUACCUUGUACAUAUAGCUCUGUACGUAAUUAAUACAACUCGCAUCAGUAAAAGAGAGGAGACAAGUCUAUUGGCAUUUUUAGAAAAUAAGAGUAGUGAGAAAUGGGUGGAAUGUGCCUACGAUGCGGAAGGACCACUCUAUUGGAUUGUACUAUCAAUUUUAGUGCACUCACCUCAAAGUUGGAAUGUCCACAAGUUGGUCCAUCUUAAGCGGCUGAUUAUUAUAGCACAAUCGAGGUUUUGUACUCCGGCCGGUCCUACCAAAACACUUACAGAUAAGUCUCUUAAAGAAUACUCCGUGUAUAAACCGUACCUUGUGAUGUUUGGCCUUAUUGAUGGCAUUUAUAGUAAUUUCUUUAAGAAUAUUAGUGGAACUGACGAACAAUGGUCAAACAAUUUAGCCGAUUAUAUAAGACAUAAUGAUGAAGCUUUAUUGAAAGCAUCGGAAAGGUUGUUAGGAUUUUAUACUGAUGAGUUAUUGCCUUGUACUUCCUUUUCAGAAUUCUGUGAUGUUAUGGGUUUGUUAGAUGUUAUAUCAGAUCCAGAGAAUUAUAUAAGAGAUCUUAUUAAUGGAAUUCAGUAAAUUAUCUGCUUUCAUUAUUUUAGUAUUAUUAAAUUGAGUAAGAAUAAACUGAAAAGGCUGUUACAAUAACAAAUUUGCUUUCUGUACUCGGCAUAAUGUAAUGCUGUGGUUAAUUUCACUGAGUUUAUUGUAAUUGUAGUAGUCACGCUGUAAAUUAUUGUAAUUUAUCUUAAUUCCCAAUAAAGUUUGAUCUUCAUAGUA